UUCAGAGCUCUGAAAACCAGAGGCAACACACCUAAAUAUGGACUUCUAUUUCACUCUACAUUCAUUGGGCGAGCAGCGGCAAAGAACAAGGGCCGUAUUUCCCGCUAUUUGGCAAACAAGUGCUCCAUAGCUUCCCGGAUUGAUUGUUUCUCGGAGAGCCCUACAGAUAUAUUUGGAGAGCAAAUGAAGGAGCAAGUGGAAGAAAGGCUGAAAUUCUAUGCUACUGGAGAAUUGCCUCGCAAGAACAUUGAUGUCAUGCAAGCAGCCAUGCAAGCUGCUGCUGCUGCUAUUCUGAGUGAGAAGAAGAAGAAGAAGAAGAAAAAGAAGAAAUCUGAGGGAGAAGCCAUGCAGCUUGAAGCCUCACCUGAUACCCAGGAAAUGAAUAUUACAGGUGAAGAGGAAGUAGUGGUGCAGAAAAAGAAAAAGAAGAGGAAGAGCAGUGCCAUCAAUGAUGAAGGUGGAUUGGAAUCGUCUGGAAUAUUGCAAGAUGAGGAGGAAGAGGCAUUUGCAACUCCUGUCAAAGAGAAGAAAAAGAGGAAGAAGAAAUCUCUUCUUGAAACUGGUACUGAGUUGGAAAUGGAGGUUGCAUAGAAAAUGAGUCUUUGGGGUCUGUUUUGGAAUUUUGAGAGAC